AAUGUCGUGGAAGAAUAAGAAGUCACAUCUGUGUAUUAAAUAUAACCUUAUUUUUAUGAACUGCAAAAUUUAACAUUAACAUAUAAGUGUUAAAUGUGCAACUAUUUUUAGAUUUUAAUAUAUUUAGAUAUAAUGGAUAUUCACUAACUAAAGACACUAUUUCAGCAAAUAUUCACAUCUUUUCAAAAAUGUUCCUUAAAUGCAAUGUAUUGCGCUUCAAAUUAUCUUUCCAAAAACCUAACAGGCGUACUUAUUUUGCAUCAAAUGAAACUCCUACAACUCCUGAAGAACUGCCAAAACAUGCAAGGGUUGUAAUAUGUGGGAGAGGAGUAAUGGGAGAAUCUAUAGCAUAUCACCUGGCAAAGUUGGGUUGGGGUAAAGAUACAGUUAUACUUGAACAAAGCAAAGGACAUACAGACAACUCUUGGAAUUCAUCUGGUCUUAUUGGAGCAUUUAAGCCGACCUUAGCUCAAGUGAAAUUAGCCCAAUCCAGCAUUCAGUUAUAUAAAGAUUUGGAAGCUCAGGGUCAUUCAACUGGAUGGAAACAAUGUGGUAGCUUGAAUUUAGCAAGAACUAAAGACAGAAUGACUGUUUUUAGAAGAAUGAGGGCACAAUCAAUAUUGUGGAAAAUAGAGUGUGAGCUGCUAACUCCAAAACAAUGUAAAGAAAAAUGCCCACUUUUAAACAUCAGUGAUAUAGAGGGAGCACUGUGGAUUCCCAAUGAUGGAGUUGCUGAUGGUUUCAAGAUUGGAAAAGUAUUAAUUUCAGAGGCUGUUAAAAAUGGGGUUAAAGUAAUUGAAAAUUGCAAAGUUACAAAAGUUUACCAAACCAAUGGUAAGGUAACAGGUGUUAUGACUGAAUUAGGAGAAAUAAAGUGCGAUUAUUUCGUAAAUUGUGCCGGAAUAUGGGCAAGAGAUGUGGGACAAUUAAGUGAUCCGACUGUAAAGGUUCCUUUACAUGCAGUUGAACAUCAUUAUCUUCAUACAAAAUUAAUUCCUGGGCUUGAUCCCAUGACACCAGGUAAUACAACUUGUUUUUUGGGAGGAGUAGGUCAAGCAACAGCUGAAUUAAUAAAAAAUGGUAAUACUUCUUUCGAUAUGUACGAAAUAGAAGUGUCUAGAUUUUUGGGUUUACAUAAUAAUCGAAAAUUUUUGCGAGAUCGCGUAAAAGAAGUUGUUGGAUUGCAUUAUGGUCUCAUAUACCCAUAUCAUGAGUUUAAAACCGGACGUAAUCUCCGGACAUCUCCUGUUUAUCCAAAAUUUCGAGAAUUUGGGGCAGUUUUUGGUCAAGUUAUGGGUUAUGAAAGACCCAAUUGGUUCGAUCCCGAUAUUAAAGUGUCAGAAGAAGAAGAAUCUGGAUGGUUUAUUCCAUAUCGUACAGCUUAUACAAAUACUUUUAAGAAGCCUCCAUGGUUUGACUUGGUAUCAUCAGAAUAUGAAGCUUGUCGAGAAAGAAUUGGAAUAAGCGAUUAUUCUUCGUUUACAAAAAUUGAUUUGUGGUCUAAAGGAAACGAAGUGGUAAACGCCUUACAAUAUGUAUGUUCUAAUGAUGUAGAUGUUCCUUUAGGAAACAUAAUUCAUACGGGAAUGCAGAACCAUCAUGGCGGUUACGAAAAUGAUUGUUCUCUUAUACGUCUGUCAGAUAAUCAUUACAUGAUGGUAGCCCCUUCCAUACAGCAAACAAGGUGCAAAGUUUGGUUGCAAAAACAUUUACCUUCUUCUGUAGCUGUGUCAGAUGUGACUAGUAUGUUUACUGCUCUUUGUAUUAUUGGGCCUUUUACUCGUACAAUGUUAUCUGAACUUACUGAUACAGACCUAAGUCCCAAAAAUUUUCCGUUUUUUACAUAUAAAUUGCUAGAUGUUGGAUUAGCUAACGGAAUAAGGACUUUAAACAUAACUCAUACCGGUGAAUUAGGAUAUGUUUUAUACAUACCAAAUGAGUAUGCACUUCAUGUUUAUUCAAGGCUGAUGCAAUUUGGAAAAAAAUAUGGUUUGAAGCAUGCAGGUUACUAUGCUACUAGAGCUCUGAGAAUUGAAAAAUUUUACGCAUUUUGGGGACAGGAUUUAGAUACAAGAACAACUCCUUUGGAAUGUGGACGCAUGUGGAGAGUAAAAUUUGAUAAAAACGUCGAUUUUAUUGGAAAAGACGCUCUUUUAAAGCAGCGAGAAGAAGGGGUACAGCGUAUUUAUGUACAAUUAAUAUUGGAAGACCACAAUAGUGAAACCGAUCUGUGGCCGUGGGGUGGAGAACCCUUUUACAGAAAUGGAAAAUGUGUUGGAAUAUGUACUACAUCUGGUUAUGGAUUUACUUUUCAAAAACAGGUUUGUUUAGGAUUCAUUCAAAACAUUGAUGAUGAUGGUGUGCCCCAAAAAGUUACCAAUGAAUACGUCCUGUCAGGAGAUUACGAAGUCGAUAUUGCAGGAAUUAGAUAUAAAGCCAAGGUGAACCUACAUUCACCAAAAUUACCCACCAAGUUUCCAGAUAUCGAACGUGAAGCUUAUUUUGCAACAAGAGAUAAACAUGAGGAACCUAUUGUUGUUACCCGGAGAAAAAGUGAGAAUUAGUAUGUCCAUUUAUUAAUGUGAUAAUUUUAAUUUAUAAAUAAUUUAUGUGCUAUUUAAACUGAUACAUAUACUUUUUAAAUAAAUUUAUUUUAAAA